UUUUUCGCACCAAUUGUACCAAAAAGUUGCAAUUCACUCAUAUAUAUAUCUCCUGAAAAAAAUAAUUUCACCCUAUAUUUUAGAUAUGUUCUCACUACAAAAAACAUUCUGAGAGCACGUUAAGUUUUCUUUUGCACUUAGAAAUUGCUAAAAUCUACUGAAUACAGUGAAAUCACUUUCAUAUUUAGAACCUCGUAGACAUGAUUCUAUAACUUUAGUCAAAAUAAGGUUUUUAGAUUAUUUUUUAUCACUAUAAAAGUACGUUUCUUAAAAAGCGAUCACCAUCUUCUGAUAAUGGUUAAACUCAAUAUCAUUCUAUAAAAAUUACUCAAUUUAGUCUUCAAAUUAUAUAAGACGAUAAAGAAUUUAAGUUUAAUGGGAACAUAUGGUUGCUUCUAUUUUUAGAAACGCAAUAUUUUUCUUCUAAUAUUAUAUUUUAGAGAAGCACGGUUUAAAGCUUCUGCAAUAGUAGGUAAUGAUGGAACACGUGUUUUGGACGAACGUCGGACAUCAAGUUCAGGUUUUAUAGAACGUCAUGAGACACCUAUUGUCAAAUGUAUUGAACAACGUUUUGCUGAAUUUCAAGGUAAUGUUGAUGUCGAACAUCUUGAACGAUUGCAAGUCGUCAAAUAUCUUGAAUCACAAGAGGCAUGCAACAUUCUUUUCUAUCUUAAUAAUAAAAAUUUAAUUAAUUAA